AUGACUCUGAGCGAACUCCAAUGCGGUGUGUGUAAAGAGCUAAAGCCCAAUCCUCGAGAAGCACAGUGUUGUCACAAACUCUUUUGCCGCGAUUGUAUCAAAAGUCUCCGAAAUGCCGAACGCUGUCCAGCCUGCGGAGCAAACGCUAGCUUCCGCGACAAUGUUUUUGCAACGAGAAUGAUCAAUAGCAAGCUCACUACGAUCGGUCGCCGUGCGUCUACUGACUCCAAAUCUGAUAUGGAUAUCUUUGGCGCUUUUCCCAUCACCAUAUUGACCCUGACUGGCAAGAAAAUGUUUGUCGUUGUCGAGAAAAGUGACACGGUCAAUAUUCUCAAGCUUAAGAUUGAACAAAAAGAUGGUACCCCUCCGGAAUAUCAGCGUUUGAUUUUCCUGGGUAAGCAACUGGAGAAUCAUCUGACCAUCUCAAACUAUAAAAUCGAGAGCGGCGUGACUGUGCAUAUGGUAGAGCGUUCUAAGAGUGGCUAA